AUGUCCAACACCUCACAAUGUUUGGAAAAUGUUCCAGAUAUGAUGUUUAUUGUGCUUAUUGAAUUUGUGGAGGAGCUUCAGAUUUGUUUCCUAUCAUUUGACCGAGCAGGGUAUGGGGAAAGUGAUCCGCAUCCAACACGCUCAGUGAAGAGUGAGGCAGUUGACAUUCAAGAACUAGCUGACCAGUUGCAGAUUGGUUCCAAGUUUUACGUGCUCGGUGUCUCGAUGGGAGCAUACCCUGUUUGGAGUUGCCUAAAAUAUAUUCCACACAGAUUGUCUGGAGCUUCACUUGUGGUUCCAUUUGUCAACUAUUGGUGGCCCUCUUUCCCUGCUAGUUUAUCUAAAGAAGCCUUCAAAAAACUUGUUGGGUCAGACCAGUGGACGUUUCGGGUUGCACAUUACACCCCUUGGCUAUUUAACUGGUGGAUGACUCAAAAAUGGUUCCCUUCUUUAAGUAUGAUGUCAGGGAACAUGGCUAUUUUCAGCAGCCAAGAUUUGGAGAUCAUAAAGAAGUUGUCGGAAAGCCCAAGUGUUGGUCAGGAAAAGAUACGACAACAAGGUGUUCACGAAUCUCUGCAUCGUGAUAUAAUUGCUGGUUACGGAAAAUGGGAAUUUGAUCCCAUGGAUGUAAUCUGUCCUUUCCCUAACAAUGAAGGCUCCGUUCACAUUUGGCAAGGCGGCGAAGACAAAAUUAUUCCAUCUUCACUAAACCGUUAUAUUUCGCAAAAGCUUCCAUGGAUUCGAUAUCAUGAGGUUCCUGAUGUUGGGCAUUUCUUGACAUAUGACAGCAGCUUAUGUGAACAAAUCUUGAGGGAACUUCUGCUUGGUUGA